AUGUCGAAGAACUCGCUGGAGAGGCAUGCGUCGGUGGACGCGCAGCUGAGGCUUCUGGCCCCGGGGAAGGUGUCGGAGGACGACAAGCUUGUCGAGUACGACGCCCUGCUCUUGGAUCGCUUUCUUGACAUCCUCCAAGACUUGCACGGCGAGGAGAUCAGAGAAACGGUUCAAGAAUGCUAUGAACUUUCUGCCGAGUAUGAACAGAAGCAGGAUCCAAAGAAGCUGGAUGAGCUGGGGAAUGUCUUCACGAGUCUGGAUCCUGGGGAUUCUAUUGUGGUUUCCAGCUCAUUCUCCCACAUGCUUAACUUAGCCAACUUGGCUGAGGAGGUCCAGAUCGCCCACCGGCGGAGGAUCAAGCGGAAGAAGGGAGAUUUUGCUGAUGAGAAUUCUGCGACCACUGAGUCUGACAUUGAGGAAACUUUUAAAAGACUUGUUGGGCAGCUGAAGAAGUCACCUCAGGAGGUCUUUGAUGCUCUCAAGAACCAGACAGUUGAUCUGGUUCUCACUGCACACCCAACUCAAUCGAUCCGCAGAUCACUGCUUCAGAAGCAUGCAAGGAUAAGGAAUUGUUUGGCACAGCUUAAUGCCAAGGACAUUACUCCUGAUGAGAAGCAGGAGCUUGAUGAAGCUCUUCAGAGAGAGAUUCAGGCUGCCUUUAGAACUGAUGAAAUCCGAAGAACGCCACCCACUCCACAGGAUGAGAUGCGGGCAGGGAUGAGUUACUUUCAUGAAACAAUCUGGAAGGGUGUCCCAAAAUUCUUGCGUCGUGUUGAUACAGCUCUGAAGAACAUUGGGAUCAAUGAGCGUGUUCCUUACAAUGCUCCACUUAUUCAAUUUUCUUCUUGGAUGGGUGGGGAUCGUGAUGGAAAUCCUAGAGUCACUCCAGAGGUUACAAGGGAUGUAUGCUUAUUGGCUAGAAUGAUGGCUGCGAACUUGUACUUCUCCCAGAUUGAAGAUUUAAUGUUUGAGCUAUCAAUGUGGCGCUGCAGUGAUGAACUACGAGUUCGAGCUAGUGAACUGCACCAGUCCUCAAAAAAAGAUUCAAAACACUAUAUAGAGUUUUGGAAGCAAAUUCCUCCAAAUGAACCUUAUCGUGUUAUACUUGGUGAUGUGAGGGAUAAGCUAUAUAAUACCCGUGAGCGUUCUCGUCAACUAUUGUCAAGCGGAUAUUCUGACAUUCCAGAGGAAGCAACAUUUACCAAUAUUGAGCAGUUUCUGGAACCCCUUGAACUCUGUUACAGAUCACUUUGUUCUUGUGGUGAUAAAGCCAUCGCUGAUGGAAGUCUUCUUGACUUCUUGCGCCAAGUAUCGACCUUUGGCCUUUCUCUUGUGAGACUAGAUAUCAGGCAAGAGUCUGAUAGGCACACUGAUGUCAUUGAUGCCAUUACUACGCAUCUUGGUAUUGGAUCGUACCGUGAUUGGCCUGAGGACCAACGUCAGGAGUGGCUGUUGUCUGAGCUCAGAGGCAAGCGCCCUCUAUUUGGUCCUGACCUUCCCGAAACUGAGGAAAUUGCUGAUGUUCUAGAGACAUUCCAUGUCAUAGCAGAACUUCCUGCUGACAAUUUUGGUGCCUACAUCAUCUCAAUGGCAACUUCUCCAUCAGAUGUGCUCGCAGUUGAGCUCUUGCAGCGUGAAUGCCGUGUGAAGAAGCCAUUGAGAGUUGUGCCACUGUUCGAGAAGCUCGCAGAUCUUGAGGCAGCCCCUGCAGCUUUAGCCCGCCUCUUCUCCAUAGACUGGUACAGAAAUAGGAUUGAUGGAAAACAAGAGGUCAUGAUUGGGUAUUCAGAUUCUGGGAAGGAUGCUGGUCGUCUCUCUGCAGCCUGGCAGUUAUAUAAAGCUCAAGAGGAGCUAAUAAAAGUCGCUAAGCAAUAUGGAGUGAAGUUGACAAUGUUUCACGGACGAGGGGGGACGGUUGGGAGAGGAGGUGGUCCUACUCAUCUUGCUAUAUUGUCUCAACCGCCAGACACUAUUCAUGGAUCGCUUCGUGUGACAGUUCAAGGUGAAGUCAUUGAGCAAUCUUUUGGAGAGGAACAUCUAUGCUUUAGAACACUCCAACGUUUCACAGCAGCUACCCUUGAACAUGGCAUGCAUCCUCCAAUAUCUCCAAAGCUGGAAUGGCGUGCACUGAUGGAUGAGAUGGCUGUGGUGGCCACAAAGGAAUAUCGCUCAAUCGUCUUCCAAGAGCCACGCUUUGUUGAAUACUUCCGCCUGGCAACACCUGAGCUGGAAUAUGGUAGGAUGAAUAUUGGCAGCAGGCCAUCAAAAAGGAAGCCUAGUGGGGGCAUAGAAUCACUCCGUGCAAUCCCAUGGAUUUUUGCUUGGACUCAGACAAGGUUUCACCUUCCUGUGUGGCUUGGAUUUGGUGCAGCAUUCAAGCAUGUUAUGGAAAAGGAUAUCCGAAAUCUUCAUACACUGCGAGAAAUGUACAAUGAAUGGCCAUUUUUCAGGGUCACAAUAGACUUGGUGGAGAUGGUUUUUGCUAAGGGAGAUCCAGGCAUUGCUGCUUUAUAUGACAAAUUGCUCGUGUCUGGAGAUUUAUGGUCAUUUGGUGAGCGACUGAGAACCAACUAUGAAGAGACAAAACAUCGUCUUCUUGAGGUUGCUGGUCACAAGGAUCUUCUCGAAGGUGAUCCUUACUUGAAACAGAGGUUACGUCUCCGUGAUUCUUACAUAACCGCUCUAAAUGUUUGUCAAGCUUAUACACUGAAGCAGAUCAGGGACCCUGGUUUCCAUGUAAAGGUGAGGCCACAUUUGUCGAAGGAGAUCAUGGAUUCUAGCAAGCCAGCUGCUGAAUUAGUGAAGUUGAAUCCCACAAGCGAAUAUGCCCCUGGGCUGGAAGACACCCUCAUCUUGACCAUGAAGGGUAUCGCUGCUGGCAUGCAGAACACUGGUUAGGUUGGUAAUUUAUUAGACGUUGCUCGGAUAUAUGUCAACAGUCAUGUGUUGCCUCUCUGCUUGUUCAGAGAGUUCAACAUGCCUUCCCAUUUUCACAGCUUUGCAAUUUUUUUUUUUUGCGGUACUUGGUAUGCUAUUGAAGUGGCAAGUAUUUGUGCAUUUUGUCCAAAGAAGCUAUUUCUACAUGGUAGCUCCUCUUGCUAUUAAUAAUAAGAGCCUUUGUGCUGUCUGGAAUGAUAUGCCAAAAUCUCUGCUUUGCUCUUUGCCGUGAUAGUUUGGGUAUGCUUAAACCCAGUGAGUUUGAUGUUCACUGUAGACUUUGGAAUUGUUGUGGCAGCUGAAAUGAGAUGGUUGAUGUUUGUUGGAGA